AUGUAGUAAUUUGAUAAAGAUAUUCUUGUUAGUGAAGUGGUUCAAAUUAGAAACACAAAGACAGGCAGCUAUUUGGCUGCUACAGGAUUUAAUACUUAGGAAAAGGGAUUUUUGUUUAGCAGUACAACAAAUAUAAAUAAUUAUUACGUGGUGGGGAGCGAUGAUCCAUAUAAUCAUUAUACACUUUGGACUAUAGUUAAAGUUUUUGAUGAUACAAAUAGAAUAAAUUAUGGUGAUAUUGUUUUUCUAAAGAAUUUGAGCACUAAAUUGUAUUUGAUAUACGAAUUCGAGAAAUUAUCAGAAGUUUCUAAUUAAGUCAGAGUUUCAUUGAAUGAAAAAAGAUAAGAAAAUUUUCCGUUGAUUUUACAAUAAUAAGGAGAACAUAUAUUUUCAUCCAAGUAAUAUAGCAUUAAGAAUAAUAUGCAUUUAAAGAUCUAAACUACAAAAUUAACUUAUUUCUUAUAAACCUCAAAUAAAAAUUAUACUUCUAAACAGGUUAAAGAUUAUAAGGAAAUAUCAUGUGGGAAGGAAAGUGAUUAUAAUAAUUGGGAGAUUGUUAAAUUGAAUGAAGAGAGACAAUAAUUUUUUGAAAUCGAACCAACAUAGUAAUUGAAAAUAAAUGCCCAAGAAAUCUUUGAUAGUGAUAAGAUAAUAAUCAGAAAUUAUAAAACUGGAUACUCUUUACAUUCACACAAGAAAUAAUAUGCAUCUACUGGAAUGUAGGAAGUUACAUGCUUUAGCUAUGAGAGAGAUGUCAAUGAUUGGUGGGUUAUACAAUAAACUUAUUAGAUGGCCUCAAAGUAGAUACAAGAUCAAAUGCCUAUAAAUUUAGUUCAUUAAGAAACGAUCAAAUUUUUGAGUGUAGAUGAGUAUAAUCUCGCUAAAUCAAAGAAUGGUAAUUAAGUCAGAGCCACGUAAGCGUCUAUGCAACAAUCAUUUAUUAUUUCAACUAUUGAUAAUUAAUCUCUGAUUAUUGGUAAACCAUUUUUCUUGUUUUAUUAACCACUCAAUAAAUAUUUGUGUUAAGGACCCUCAAUUUCAGAAAUGCAAUAAACCUAAUAUGAAGCUAUAAUGGUAGAUAAAAUAACAAAUUCAUGUUUAUGGGUUAUUGAAAAAAAAAUUAAAUGA